UGUGAUACAUUUUUUUAAUAUUUAAUUAUUACCGCUCGCCAUUUAAUCGAUAACUGCUGCUAUCGAUAGAUAGUCCCCCACAUUGCCUAUCGAAGCCGGGCCCCCAAAAAGUUUUGACUUUGUGACAUUGAAAUUGAAGCUACCAUUACCCGUUUAACCACAUGCUAUUGUCAUUGGUGCGUCGUUCACGCUGUCUAAUCUCAUCAAUUGGAACUUUUAGUACUUCAUCAACAGUUAAAAUGAGUGAAACUAUUUCGCUGGAUCAGGCCAAGAAAUUGGCAGCACGCGCCGCUGUGGAAGAAUGGAUUAUUGAAGGCGAAACCAAGAUUGUGGGCAUUGGCAGUGGAUCGACUAUAGUCUAUGCAGUGGAACGCCUGGCGGAACGUGUGUGGAAGGACGGUGAACUAUCCGAUCUGAUUUGUGUGCCAACCUCUUUUCAGGCACGUUCAUUGAUACUCGAUCACAAUCUGAAUUUGGGAGAUUUAGAUCGUUAUCCCAUAUUGGAUGUGGCCAUUGAUGGAGCCGAUGAGGUGGACAGUCGCAUGGUUUGCAUCAAAGGUGGCGGCGGUUGUCUAAUGCAGGAGAAGAUCGUUGCCGCUUGUGCCAAACGUUUUGUUGUGGUUGCUGAUUAUACGAAGAAAUCCUUACGCCUUGGCGAGCAAUGGUGCAAAGGUGUUCCCAUUGAGGUGGCUCCGAUCGCCCAUGUGCCCAUCAAACUGAAGAUUGAGGCCAUGUUCGGAGGCGAAGCUCACUUGCGCAUGGCCAAGGCAAAGGCCGGACCGAUUGUCACCGACAAUGGCAAUUUCCUGCUGGACUGGAAAUUUGUGGCCAAACGGGAAUAUGACUGGGAUGAAGUGAAUCACGCCAUCAAAAUGAUUCCCGGUGUCAUGGAGACGGGUUUAUUUGUGGGCAUGGCGCACAAAUGCUAUUUCGGUAUGGCCGAUGGCAAUGUCAAGGCGCAGGUCAAUUCAAAAUGAUGACUGAAUAGUGUUAGUUUUUAAGUUUGUUCAUUUUGAAUAAAUCCACAAAUGUUAAACAAUUGCACUAUGUGAAUUCUAAAA